AUGGUGUAUGUUACCGCAGAUGGAACCGUUGUCGAGAAGACGCCAUUUAGCGUAUUUGGAUGGUUCUGGGGCAUUUUAAAUUUCUUUUACCUACUUAUUCAAACGCUGAUUAAUCCAAACUACAGCAGACAUGGUGAUAAAUAUGUUAGAGACUUCCGUCCCCCAGGUAGCGGACCCCCCAAACCUCCGAGCAAAAAAUUCGGAGGAUUUGGGCCAUCUGAUUCAGGACCUUCCCCUCCACCAAUGGGGGGAUGUGGCUGCGGUGGA